CAUCUUCCAGACUCGUUUCAAUUCGUGGAGUUUUUCUCUCACUCCGUAGUUUCAUUUUAGCACUUUCUCAUCGUUAUCAUCGUCGUUGGUGUCGAGGCAAAAGAAAGGCCAUCUAAAAGUAGAAAAAAAAACGUUCUCUAUAGAUAUAGUUCUCUUUUUAAAACGCGUCCGUUUGUUAAUAAAAAAUAAUUAAACGUGGAGGACCGUGUGUUCAUCUCUCGACACGUGAACGGUUUUGGUGUUACUAUAAUAGUACUAGUUGAGAGUUUAGAGAGUGGUUUGAAUGUGUCUUCUCGCACCUAAACCGAAUAAUGUGCGGUGACAAUUUGCUAAUUGUGCCGUUUUAGUGGGUUGUGCCAUGUGAGAGCGGACGAAAAUCGACGACGAUAUCAUUGAAGAUUGAAAAGAAAUGGCCCAAAUAAGCGAAAAGCCAACGUCUGACGCAAAACCUGAAAAGAAACAACCCCAAUCGAAAGCUCCGCUUCAAAAACAAGAUAGUUUUUCAAUAUGGAAUGACCUUAAUUUUACCGAAAAAUGUAAACUUCUUAAAGCGAAUAUAACGGUUGAACCGAUUGUGGCGUGUUACAUAAUGCCGUGCGUUUUAGCCAGUUUGGCCACGCAAAAUUUAAGCAUAGAAAAAGCUUGUCGGGUAAAUUUGGCUUAUCCUAAGGAGGUUUGCGAUGCAUUGAGUCGGAGAGAUACCGCGAAUUACACAAUGGAAGAACAAGAAGUUCAACAAUUAGUCGCUUCCAUGACCGUUUGGAAAACGAUUCUUCAAAGUGCUUUGCCAGCUUUUUUAAUUCUUUUUAUCGGUUCGUGGAGUGAUCGAUGGGGGUUAAGAAAACCAUGCAUGCUUCUUCCGAUUGUUGGGGAAUUUUUAACGGUUAUGGGAUUAAUGUUAUGUACGUAUUUUUUUGAAGAACUCCCAAUGGAAGUUAACGCUUUCAUAGAAGGUUUAUUUCCGGCAUUGACCGGAGGUUGGUUUACAAUGUUUAUGGGAGUUUUUAGUUACAUAGCAGAUAUAACCAGUUUGGAGACGAGAACUCUUAGGAUUGGCAUUGUAAACGUGUUUUCAUCACUUGGAGUUCCGGUUGGGUUAGCACUAAGUGGAAUUUUAUUUAAGAAGAUCGGGUUUUACGGUGUCUUUUCGAUAUCGGCAGUGUUGUAUGUGAUUGCUUUUCUUUAUGGUUACUAUAAAAUCGAGGAGAGGAAAAAAGUCGACGUUCCUACGUUAUCAAAUAAACCGUGCGCUUUCGUUAGAGAUUUCUUCGAUUAUCAUCAUAUUGUGGAAACCUUCAAAGUGGCCUUCAAAAGAGGAGAAGCCAAUAGGAAAAGCAAAGUUUUACUGUUAAUGUUGGUGGUUAUGGUGGUCAUUGGACCGAUGCAUGGCGAAAUGGUCGUGAUGUAUUUAUUUACUAGAUACAGAUUCAAUUGGGACGAAUUCGAUUUUAGCAUUUUUUCAGCUUACAACAUGAUAACUGGAUUUAUAGGAACUGGAAUUUCAGUGGGACUUUUCAGCCAAAUAAUGCGAAUUGAUGAUGCUUUAAUCGGCGUAAUUUCUAGCAUGAGCAAAGUGUUAUCAAGUUUCGUUUACACUUUCGCAAAAACAUCUUUAGUUUUUUAUUUAGGAGCCAUCGUCGAAAUCUUUAACGGGACUUCAUUUAUCGCGAUGAGAUCGAUCGCUUCUAAAUUAGUUCCAACCGAAGAAUUAGGUAAAGUUAAUUCUUUAUUCGGUGUUUGCGAAGCUUUAAUGCCUUUAGUGUAUGGUCCUAUGUACAGCGCGACUUACGCGGCAACAAUGGAUACAAUGCCGGGGGCUUUUUUGUUGUUAGGAGGGGCUUUAACAAUUCCGGCUGUAAUAAUUUUUGGGUGGAUGUAUAUUCAGCAUAAAAAGGAAGCCAAAGAGUCUAAAAUUAAUCAAGAUUUGGAAAAAUCCGAAAAUAAACAAGAAAACGGAGUUAUUUCAAAUGAAGAUGGAACUUUGCGAUCUCAAUUUCUUGGUAUAGAAAAUGCAGCUUUUGAAAUGGAGAAGUACAAAUUAUGAAGAAAAAAAAACUUAGAUUGAUUUAACGUUUAAAGAACAUAAAAUAUAAAAAUGAAUCAAUUAAA